CGAUGGCUUAUGACUUCUAAUUCUGGCCAGAGGAAUAUUCAAAAUUGAAAAGAAAAAUUCUAAAGCCAUUCACUCUUCAACUACCAAGCCUCACCGGCAGCCAAAUCGGAACAGCGUAAUUUACUACCGACCGCCCUAUGCCUUGUACGUUGCAAGAAAAAGACUCUCACCUCGAAUAUAUUGCAGUAACAGGGCAACACGAGAGUUUAUCUUAAACUAUGCUCAAUACAUUCCGUCGUCCAACCCAACAGCAAUAUGAUCCAUACAUUUAGUCGCACCAUUUUUUUUCUUCUUUCUCAAAUAUCCAAAACUUGCGAGCAGUAGCUCAGAUAUUCACUCUUCUCUUGUAUUUCAGUUACAUGUGUCAGAAGGUUUUGAUAGAGAAGUCAGCUGAGGUCGCUAAUAUUAUAUUGAGUCUCUUGGUGUCUUCAAAACCAAGCAUCCGUAUAAAGUAGGAGACUUAAGCAUAAUAAAUUACAGUCUCUAUAAAUAAACAAUGAAACAACAUAAACAAAAACAAUACAUACGUCAAUUAUUAGGUCCAAGUAAAUAAAAUCGGUACUUUUUAAUAGAGCCAGUAGUUUCGGUAUGUAAGUUAUAUCUUCUUUCCCGGCGCUAGAGCGGUUUUAUGUGCGUUGUCUAGUCUAGUAAUGCUGUAAACACAGUUGGUGCUUACGUCUGGGUUCAAAACAAAUAUUUUCUUCUUUUGUUUAUUUGCAGAAGUUCGUUGAAGUAGCGUAUUUUAAAAAUUACGGUAUAAAAGUGCUGAUAAAUCAGAGUUUCAACAACACUUAACUAAAGCACCCAAACCUAAGAGCAGCAGUUAAUUAAGAAAAAUGAAAUUCUUCACAGUACUCUUGUUUAUCGCCGUCGCCUUGGCCCUAGUUGACGCACGACGUGGCUUUUUUGGCAGACGUGGCGGUUCUCAUGGUGGUCCCGGUGGUAGAGGUCGACCAGUAGGAAGAUUCGGUCCACGUCAUCCACACGGAAGCGGUCAAUUCCAUCCCGGUCCAUUCCAGCCAGGUCCAUUCCAGCCAGGUCCAUUCCAUCCAGGUCCAGGCUGUGGUGGUCGUCCAAGUUCAACUGCCGCUCCGGUCGAAUCUUCAAGUGUUGCACCCGAGGCCAGCUCAUCUGCCGCUCCUUCAAGUGCUGCACCUGAGGACGGCUCAUCUGGUGCUCCUUCAAAAGAUGCACCUGAGGACAGUUCAUCUGCUGCUCCUUCAAGUGUUGCCCCAGAGGCCAGCUCAUCUGCCGCUCCUUCAAGUGCUGCACCCGGGGACAGCUCAUCUGCUGCUCCUUCAAGUGUUGCACCUGAGGAAAGUUCAUCUGCUGCUCCUUCAAGUGCUGCACCUGAGGACAGCUCAUCUGCUGCUCCUUCAAGUGCUGCACCUGAGGACAGUUCAUCCGCUGCUCCUUCAAGUGCUGCACCUGAGGCCAGUUCAUCUGCUGCUCCUUCAAGUGCUGCACCUGAGGAUAGUUCAUCCGCUGCUCCUUCAAGCGUUGCACCUGAGGACAGUUCAUCUGCUGCUCCUUCAAGUGUUGCCCCAGAAGCCAGCUCAUCUCCUGCUCCUUCAAGUGCUGCACCUGAGGAUAGCUCAUCUCCUGCUCCUUCAAGUGCUGCACCUGAGGACAGCUCUUCUGCUGCUCCUUCAAGUGUUGCACCCGAGGCCAGCUCAUCUGCCGCUCCUUCAAGUGCUGCACCCGAGGCCAGUUCAUCUGCCGCUCCUUCAAGCGUUGCACCUGAGGAAAGUUCAUCUGCUGCUCCUUCAAGUGUAGCCCCUGAGGACAGCUCAUCUGCUGCUCCUUCAAGUGCUGCACCUGAGGAAAGUUCAUCUGCUGCUCCUUCAAGUGUUGCACCCGAGGCCAGCUCAUCUGCCGCUCCUUCAAGUGUUGCCCCAGAAGCCAGCUCAUCUCCUGCUCCUUCAAGUGCUGCACCUGAGGAUAGCUCAUCUGCUGCACCUUCAAGUGCUGCACCCGAGGCCAGCUCAUCUGCCGCUCCUUCAAGUGCUGCACCCGAGGCCAGUUCAUCUGCCGCUCCUUCAAGUGCUGCACCUGAGGACAGUUCAUCUGCUGCUCCAUCAACAGUUGCGGCAUAAGCGUUAUUGGGCUAGUGGAAUACCUAUGGAAUUUUUGUAUUUGAAUAAAAACUGAUAAUAAUUUAUCCCAAAAAAUAUUUGCUUGUUUUUUUUUUUUUGGUAAAAAAAAGCUUUCCCCAAGUCCGCCAGUUGAAACGGAGCAUCUGUUAUCUAUAAAGGAACAUAAGAACAGCUUUUGAUUUUGCAAAUAUUAAACCCUUUAGAAAAAAAAAAUUAGAGGGUAGAAAAGUCCCUUGGGCAGACCAGACAUAUGGGGAGAGUAAAGUUCUUCGGAGCGUAAAGGUAGCUGUAACAAAAGCAGUAAAUAAAGAAAUCUGCGUACCUUCGACCUUUAAAAAUUUUUGUUGAUAUCCUGAAAACAUGAGACUGUGGUUUCGAAACCCUCGACUAAAAAAAUAUUGAGACCAAAUUUAUUAUAGUAUAUUUUU